AUGCCUCAAAAACGAGCAAAGACCGGCUGCUUCUCAUGUCGCAAACGGCGCGUCAAAUGCGACGAAGCUAAACCAGAAUGCCAACGAUGCAAGUCGGCCAACGUCCACUGCGAAGGCUACCCCGCCAAGAAAGUGCUAUCUCUCAGUAUUCCGGAAAAGAUGCUCGAAAGGAGAAUGUCCAGCUACUCUGCGAGUCCCCUCGACGUCGGAAAUGAUGCCCUCCUCAAUGCGGCGAACGUCGCCCUACCAUUCUACCACCAAUUCAUUACACAGACUGUCUAUGCAAUUAGCGGCGGCACUCGUCAACGUUUCUGGCGAGAAGAUGUUGCGAGGAUGGCUUGGUCUACUGAUUAUGUCUAUCAUGCUAUGAUCUCACUCGCAGCGAUGCAUAAAACAUCCACAGACGCUAGCCGUGGACGACCUUCUCCGGCCGCGUUGAGGAUGUUCGCGUUGCAAAAUUAUCAGCAGGCUAUCAAACUGUUAUCGAAUGACAGUAAUGCAAGUGCAUUGAAGCCGAUUCAAGUCCUAGCUACCCUGACCCUAUUUUCUUACUUUGAGUGCUACAUUGGCGGCUCUGUCGGCUUGUUCCGCAAUCUGUGGGCCGCCAUCCAGGUAUUCGAAGCUCAUGUUCGCAACCAAUCUCAUCUGGACGGCUAUCAAAUUCACUCUCUUCUCCGUUCCAUUGUGAGUCUCGACUUCCAGGCCCAGGUCCUCGUGCCAUAUGCACAGACCUCCAUACAGGACACCACUAGGAAACGCCUGAUCGAGAGUGCGCCUCCAAGUAAUCUAAAGGACGAGGUAGAAUCAGUAGUCCAGCCUCCGCCUGAGGUUUCGGAGACCAAAUGUAGCGAGAGGGACGAACUACUCAGACUCAUUUCGAGUUUCAACAAGUCGGAUAGGAUUAUCUGGGGUCCCUGGUACGGCUCGGCUGGUGUAUCGGAUAGUAGCAGGAUCUUGCAGUUUCAGGAGGACCUGAGGGCGUGGAAGGCUCGAUCCACAAAAACCUUCUCGUCCUUUGUCUCCUCCGACGAUACGCCAUCGCCACCUUCAGUUCCACCAUCAGAACAUUUGAAUGGAUCCCCUCGGGCGGAUGAACAGUUUCCCUUGCCGCCUGCACCUCUCCACUUCAAAUCUUCCGUGGCAGCUAUGAACGUUGCCACAUACAACACCUAUAUGGCCUGCACUUCCUCGCUCCUCUACCACGCGGAAGUCGAUCCCGUGCGUUACAAGUCCGCAAUGUGCUACUAUGUCUAUGCAAACCUCCGUAUAGCGGAGUUCUUGUAUCCUCCGCCCGACCGUGAGAACACCCAGCCUAGGAAGCUCGUCGAUCAUGCGUUGUUACCCCUACUCUACUGGGGCGGCCGGCGAGCUAUCCCUGAAAUAUGGCGACGAUGGACCAUCACGAAGCUGAAACAAAUUGGCCCGCAAGGAUUAUACCCAGGGCACACCUUCGCAAAUGUGUUGGACAUCAUGUCGCAAGUGAAAGUUCAUUUCCAGGCCAGCUUCCCUAAUGGUGUGGGCCACUUCGAUAUGGUGCCCUUGCUCGUCACAGUUGGCGCAGACUCCCCUCUUCUGGAAGCUGUUUAUCUACACGAGUAUGCGAAAGAUGAUUUCAGGAUCGUAGCAAGAGCGACGUGGGUGCAAGAUAGCAAGGGUGAUCGGACAGAGGAAGAUAUUGAUUAUGAGUGCGAGGCGUAUAAGGACGUCAAUACGAGGGUUCCUUGGCGCCAGAAGGUGGAGAGUGGAUGGCAUUCUCUGCUUUAUUUGGAGGAUUCGCCUUCACCGACAUCGUCAGGAUGA